UUGUUCAUCAACUAAAGAGUGUGACAUUGUCGUUACGCACAGGGCUUGACAUUAACGCCCGCCCACCUGCUAACUGCGGGUCAAUUUCUAGCGUGGCAGACUGGCACUCCCACAAGCCACUUUGGCUGGUUUCGCUCAGCACCGCCCAGCCCCAUCCACCGUUGAUGAAUGCUUUUCGAUUGGGAAAACCUUUGCUCAGAAUCAAAUUGUUGGAAAUGUAUUUAAUAAUCGAUGUCAUUGUUUAUUUUUUGAAGCUUUGUUUUUCUCUCAAAACUGCCCCCGUAGCCUCCCGCUGAUGCUGCGCUUGUCUGCCUUCUAUGAUGAUGCACAUGCGCAUAGUGGUAAUCCGGGUCGGCCAUGAUGUUACCAAAAAAAUACCAAUGUUAUCAAUCAACACCCUGCCCCAUUGACCAAUGCUUUUUCAAAAUGUUGACUGCUAGAAACUCUGGGAAACCAGUAGCCACAGUGGCUGAUGAGCAAAAAAAGUUAAUGUCAAGCCCUGGUUAUGCAGUGUCACUGAAAAUGGUUGAAACCUUUGGUAGUUUUAAUAAAAACUGUUGUCUUCAGGGGCAGCACAGUGCACGGUUGGUUAGCACAUCUGCCGAACAGUGCUAAGGUCCCUGUUCAAACCUGGCCCCGCCUCUCGCCCGAAUUCAUCUGAGAUGGGCGCCAGCAGACCCGUGACUCCAGUGAGGAUAAGCGGUUCGGAAGAUGGAUGUUUUCCUCUGGCCUCUCUUGUUUUGCUCCCUUCCUCCUUAAUCAAGUCUGCAUAUGCCUAGUAAGAAGAUUGAAUAGUCCAUUGCACGAGAAGGGAUGGCGAGCAUCCGAAACUUGCAUGAAAGAUUAAGCAUUUUGAUGUUUUUAAGGGAGUGAAUUAAGACCAAAACAAUAAUCACAUUAAAUCAAAGAAAACUUUUUAAAUCAGUUUUUAUGAGAUGUUUGAAGCCCCAGUCUGGGAAUCUCACAGUUGCAGACAAUUGCCUGUGUUUUCCUAAUGGUAAGUCUGCCCCUGACAAAAUCACCCCAGUUUUCACAAGCACAAUUGAUGUCCCAUUUCUGUCCCGUCCUUUGAAAACACUGCAACACUUCUAACAGGACAUCGCAUGUCCUAUUGUACUUAUUUAAUCAUCGUCUGAAUUCAUACUGGUAGUAAUUAAAAAUAUACCUCUGUCUCCAUUACUCACACAUUAAUUAAAAACAUUUGAUGAAUGGAUGAACCACACGAAAUCAAAUGAAUGUGUUUUAUUUCUAUUCGCAGUGAAUAUGCUCCAAGGGGCCUUACAGUUUAAAAGGCAUUUACGUUUUUGACCAGCAGAGGGGUUUGUGUGCACAUGAAGCCUCAAGUUUUUCAGUUUUGUUUUUUUAAGCCUCAAGAAACACUGCGCAGAUUUUGUUGAAUGUUACGUCGAAACACUAAGCAUAUCAAGUUUACAUUCAGCUGGUAAGACAAACGUGUUUGCGAGAAUACAAAUUUUAAUUAUCAAUCCUAUUUGAAACCUUAAAUCUUUGUUCCAAAUGAGUUAGGAUGCUAGCAAACGGCUAGCCGCCAACGCGGAGAGGAUACAACGUGACGUCAUUUCCGUGGUGACUUCCGUAAAUAAUUUGAUGAUUACAUUAUAAACAUCUAAAUUAAAAAAUGCACGUUUUUUAAUUUUAUUUAUUUUUUACAGUAGUAAUUUAUUUUGCGCAUUGUUUUACAUUUUUGCUGGUAAUAAUUUAAGCAACGACAAAAUCUGAGGAGCCGUUUGGGAGCCUUUUAAGUGAGCCGACCCAAGAAAGCCGCUUCUCUGAAGAGCCGGAACAUCACUAGUAUCCAUCCGCCACAGCACGGAUCACAUGACCGAACAAACCGCGCACGCACACACUUUGAGGCAGUAGCAACCCGCAACUAUUUUCUGUACUGUCGUUAAAGUUUUAGCUUUGUCUUCUGAAAGUUUUUGUGUAGCUUAUUUUUGCAACUCUAAUACAACAUCAUUAUUCUAAACGUACUGUAACUAGAUUAGGUUGCUAGAUGAGUCUAAAGUCUGAUUAGUCUAAAGUCUGAUGUAGGUGUGUUUUGUCCUCAAAUGCAUCGUGGUUAACUUCAGAUAAACUGCUAUAACUCCUUUUUUUUUUUUUACAAACGGGAAAAUGAAACUGAUUAUCCUCAAUGACUACGACGCGUCGAGCGAGUGGGCAGCAAAGUACAUCAGGAAUAAGAUUUUACUUUUCAAACCUGGACCCUCCCGAUGUUUCACCCUUGGUCUUCCUACUGGAAGCACUCCAUUAGGCUGUUAUAAGAAACUGAUUGAGUAUUACAAGAAAGGAGAACUCUCUUUCCAGUAUGUCAAGACGUUCAACAUGGAUGAAUAUGUGGGACUUCCCAGAGAUCACCCCGAGAGCUACCAUUCCUUCAUGUGGAAUAACUUCUUCAAGCACAUCGACAUACGAGCAGAGAACACGCACAUCCUCGACGGCAACGCUGCAGACUUGCAAGCUGAGUGUGACGCCUUCGAGGAGAAAAUAACAGCAGCCGGGGGCAUUGAGCUGUUUGUUGGAGGAAUCGGGCCAGAUGGCCACAUAGCCUUUAACGAGCCCGGAUCAAGCCUGGUGUCUAGGACGAGGAUGAAGACUUUGGCAAGGGACACAAUUGUGGCCAACGCCAGAUUCUUUGAUGGAGACCUCUCCAAAGUGCCCACCAUGGCACUGACUGUUGGAGUGGGCACAGUCAUGGAUGCAAAGGAGGUGAUGAUUCUCAUCACUGGAGCUCACAAGGCUUUUGCUUUGUACAAAGCCAUAGAAGACGGCGUGAACCACAUGUGGACUGUGUCCGCAUUCCAGCAGCACCCACAGACUGUUUUUGUAUGUGACGAAGACGCCACUCUGGAACUGAGGGUCAAGACUGUGAAAUAUUUCAAAGGGAUGAUGCAUGUGCACAACAAGCUGGUAGAGUUACCUGAUUUAGAGCCCAAGAAAUGAGGAUAUUUUAAAUAACAUUUUUUGUGAUUACGCAUUUUAAAAAAUAUACACAUUCCAAUGACUCCUCUGUACUCAGGCAGGGAAAUAUGGGUGGAGAAUCAAGUUUUUGUUUUUACAACUGUUUCACAUUUAUAAUAAAGUGAUUUGAAGUUGCACUUUGAA